GUUAUUCCUACCUCACUUUAUCUUACCUUACCUUACCUUAUGCUAGACUGCCGCCGAAUCCGCGGAUGCAUCCCCGGAAGAGCCCUGCAAGCCCAUCGCUGUCAGCACAUUCCCAGGCCACUUUCAGCCGUUGACGAACCGAUGGACGGGACGUCAAUCUGCAAUCUCCAUCCACGCAACCACGCAACUACCACCAAACAAUCGCAACACCCGUCGCUCAUACUUGCUUUUUUCUUCUUCAUGGUCGCCGUCCGCUCCCUCCCCCACGUCCACCAACUUCUCCCCCAAAGGCCUUGUUCUCCGGGCUAGGUGAGCUCCAUCCAGCUAGGUAUUGCUCAGUAAUCAGCUACCGCAUGUUUGGUUACGCAUAGGUACACAGAUCCUGACAACCAAGUCGCGCAGCGAGCGAGCAUCGUGAGGAAGCCCUACACCCCUAAGGGAUUCUAGACCUUGCCAAGUUGCCCCAACUUCCAAGUCCACAAUACCAUCUCAACAUCAAUCAUACUUGACUUGGACGUUCGUGGCAGGGCUUGUAGCGACCUGCAGCUCUUUCAACGAUAGUCUUCCCAAACAGGCCUCAACCAAAGUUGAUUAGUGAUUCCACGCAGGUGUCAGCAAGUCGCUUUUGGGCCUAGGGGUUUUGUGACAAACCCCCGUACAUACAUACAACCCCGACCUCCUACUAUCCCAUCACCCAUUGUCAGUCAUGGUGUCAAUUUUUUUUUUUUUUUUUUUUUU